GGCCUCUCGUGGUAGUACAGUCCAAGCAGCACCGCUGGCUUCCUCCUCUCGCCCGCCUCCACAUUAACUUCCCAACAAACCAGCCGCCCGCCGCGACUCCCCCGCAUCCUCAUCCUCUGCAGCCAUGGCGCCGGCACAGCACCUGCGGUGGGCCGUGCUCGCGGCGCUGCUGCUUUCGACGACGACCAUGUGCGGCGCGGUGGCUGCGCAGCACGUUUCUGUGCCACCUUCCGCGGCCACGGCGGCGGCGCCUGCCCCGGCCGCGGCGAUGGACGCGGCGUGCCUCAACUCGCUGCUCAACAUGUCCGACUGCCUGCCGUACGUGCAGGCGGGCAGCGCUACGGCGCGCCCGGACGCGGCGUGCUGCCCGGAGCUGGCCGGGAUGGUGGGCUCCAACCCGCUCUGCCUCUGCGAGCUCCUCUCCGGCGCCGCCGACUCCUACGGCAUCGCCGUCGACUACAGCCGCGCGCUCGCGCUCCCGGGCGUCUGCCGCGUCGAAACCCCGCCCGUCAGCACAUGCGCCGCAUUCGGGUACAAUGUGCGCGGCCUAGCCCCGUCCGCGGCGCCCAUGGCCGGGUCUCCGGCGCCCGGCCCCUCAGGCGACAGCCCGCAGUUCCCCGGUGUUUCGCCGUUCCCCUCGCCGCCGGCGCCGCGCAGCCACGCCUACCGCCGCUCCGUCGCCGCCAGCACCCACGCCCUCGUCGCCGCCUUCGCCACCGGGAUGAUGAUGUUCUAGGAGGUGCCCACGGCCAGAUUGUUCGACGAGGAUUUCUUCACCGUAGACAUAUGCCUAGCAGUAUGGUUCUGGUAUAUAGGUGCAUAUACCUGUCAUUUCCCGGCUGAUAUGAUGUGUGAUCUGAUUGCUCCUCGCUGAUAAAUUCCCUCGUGAUGUAAGUUCUGAUUGCUGGAUUCCCAGACUCUGUAUGUAAGACACGCAUUCCGUCCUCA